UCUCUCUUGGUUUCCGUACACAAUUGAGGUUGUCACUGGACAUGCUGCAUUCAUAUCAUGCUUUCUUAGUGACACUAAACUAAAGUCAACACUAGGAAUGACAGCAGAAAAAAUAGAGAAAACUUAACAGUUUGACUAUAUCAGAGAGGGAAACUAAUUCACUCAUCUGGUCUGAUAACUAUCCUCCUGCAUCUCUUCUCAUGCACAACAAUCAAGGCAAAUGUCUCUGCAGCUCAUGAAUGUGGGUGUCUCUACGCUCUUGUCAUGACAGCAGUGAAACACAUGAGACGUCAUUCAGAGAAAUGAUUCAACUUGAAGAUCAGGAUCCAGAACACAGUGUUUCCCAGAGGAGUUUAUGAAAGGACGCUUCAAUCUCAUACUCAUUUACUACUUCAUCUGUGUAUUUGCAGUGCUGAUAAAUAAAGUGUCUCUGCAGGAAACAGUAGAGGCUGUUAUUGGCGGUUCUGUUGUCCUGCCGUGUUCUUCCACUGAACAUGAUCAUAAACUUCAAGACAUUGAUAUACAUUGGAGACACAAUGGCAGCAAGAUUGUGUAUGAUAUAGUCAAUGGUCAAGAUUCAGUAGUGUUACAGGACCAACGGUACAAGAGUCGAGCUGAAACUUUCCCUGAUGAGCAUCUGAGAGGAAACUUCUCCAUCAAACUACACAAUCUCACUCAUGAUGAUGCAGGAAAAUACAUAUGCUUCAUCAAACACACAUCUAAACAGAAGACUGUACAGCUGAUCAUCAAGGAAUCAACAGCAGAAAAAGAAAACAAAUCAACCGAUCAAGGAAACGAAGGAGAAGAAAAAGGAGCAGAUGUGGAGACAUCAUCAACAUCGCUCUGGGUUUACAUUGUAGUAGCUGUAUUCUUAGUGCUAGCCUGUAGUAUUAUUAGUGCUAGUUUCAUCAUAUUUCCCUUUAGAGGAAGAAUUCAAUCUGCCUCAAUACCUUCUGAAGAACAAAGAACAGAGAUAGAAAUGACAAAUCAGGACUAAAAGUGGAAGCUUUUUUUACUUUUUUUGACUGUUUUUUAUAUUCAGUUCAUUUAUUACAGCUUUCAUUGAUUCAUUUUUUGUAAUAUACACUGUUUUGUGGCAAUAUAUUCUUGCCUUAUGCACUGCAUUGAGAUUCUGAAACAGUAAAGAGGAAAAUGUUUUGCUAAAGAACAAAUGAGUCUGUCUU